AGUGUAGUAACUAUUGUUUCCAAACUGCGUUACCCACUCCAGCCAGCAGAUGGCGAUGAGCUUCUUUCAGGUGAUGCUUCUUGUGUGACGUAUAAUGGACUGGACGGACGCUUCUUCAGGAACAACAACACGGAUACUAUUUCAACCGCGUCCGUAGCUUGCUAGCCAACAUAAAAGUGAAAUAUUGACGUUUUAGGCCAUGUUAAUGUACAUUAGCUAAUCCCAGUGUAUAAAACACAUUUCAGUUGACGUUAACUUGAACCUAAUUUGCUUGUUCGAGUUGCAAAUGUGUUAAAGAUUGAUACUGAGCCUAGCACUAGGCUAUUCGCUAAUGCUAACUAGCUAGCUAACAUCCCUGACCAUGAGCUCAUUAAACUACUCAUCCCCUGCUAAAGAAGAGGAUGUCUGCUGUCCGGAGAAAGAAGCUCUGGCGCUGAACAUUGUCGUGAAAGACGAAGAGGAGGAUAUUACAGUGAAAGGAGAGAAAGAAGCUCUGCCUCUGGACAUUGUCGUGAAAGACGAAGAGGAGGAUAUUACAGUGAAAGGAGAGAAAGAAGCUCUGGCGCUGGACAUUGUCGUGAAAGACGAAGAGGAGGAGGAUAUUACAGUGGAAGGAGAGAAAGAACCUUUCAGAAUGGAAGAGGGGGAAGAGGAGGCUGUUAUAGGGAAAGAAGAGAAAGCAUCCUCUUCCUCUCUAAAAGGUUCUAUCUCAGUAAAGGUGAAGGAGGAAGAGGUUUUGGGAGUGAAAGAGGAGGAGACAGAAUAUCAGAUUAACACCAGAGAGAGACAUGACUAUCGUGGAUCCUCUGGGGAGACUCAACAACAUCCUGAUGCUGACGAGACAGAGAAGAGUCUCUCCAGAUCAGAACACCAGAUGGACAAUGCUAGCCCUUCCUCCCUCCCGGAGUCCAUGUGUCGUGCCUCUCCUGGUAGCACCUUACUGCUGGGUAUGAAGAGGUUGUCUGUGCUGCUGGUGGACUGCAGGAAAACAACAGGGCUGAGGGGAACUGUGAGAGGAGGAGCAGAGAAGAAAGGAUCAGAUUUGACACAUCAAAGAGGAAAACCAAACUUGGAGGAACCAAAGACCUCCACAACAUCAAGACGACACCUCUGCUCCCAGAUCAAGUUAGGAAGCCUGAAAAGACCUGAGAGGACACACACAGGAGAGAAGCCGUACCAUUGCACCCAGUGUGGAAAUAGUUUUAGCCGGUUAGGAAGCCUCAAAGCUCAUGAGCGAAUACACACGGGAGAGAAGCCAUACCAUUGCGGCCAGUGUGGAAAGAGUUUUAGCCUGUUAGGAAGCCUGAAAGCUCAUGAGCGAAUACACUCAGGAGAGAAGCCAUACCAUUGCGGCCAGUGUGGAAAUAGUUUUAACCAGUUAGGAAACAUGAAAAGACACGGGAGGAUACACACAGGGGAGAAGCCAUACCACUGCUCCCAGUGUGGAAAGAGUUUUACGGCGUUAGUUAAGCUGGAAGCUCAUGAGCGAAUUCACACAGGGGAGAAGCCUUACUACUGUUCCAUUUGUGGAAAGAGUUUUAACCAUUUAGUUAACAUGAAAAGACAUGAGAGGAUACACACAGGAGCGAAGCCUCACCAUUGCUCCCAGUGUGGAAAGAGUUUUAAGCGGUUAGACACCCUCAAAGAUCAUUUGCGAAUACACACAGGGGAGAAGCCUUUCCGUUGCGCCCAGUGUGGAAAGAGUUUUAGCCGGUCAGGAAGCCUGAAAGAGCACGAGCGAAUUCACACAGGGUAGAAAUCUUACCACUGCGUUUUUACCCAAUUAGGACACCUGAAAGAAGACAUGAGACCACACACAGGGGAGAAGCCUUACAAAUGUUCAGACUGGGGGGAAGGCAUUUUACUCAUCAGUAGCGUAAAAAACAUGUGAGAAUCCACACAGGAGAGAAUAAUGACUUCUCCUUGUGUGUAAAUGUAUAUUUCACAUCACAUUAAAAUUCAUCAGAGAACAUACACAGUGCUCCCAAUUGUCUUAUAUUGUUGACUGAGAAUGUGUUUACUUGUUUAUACCACAUGAAAUUGAAUGGUACAAAGUAUACUCAAAAAUAUAUUUGUGUGUUUUCAUUUGAAAAUAUGAAUUGAAUAUUGUUGUGUCUUUGCCAUCAUUAAAAGUGAAGACUUAUUUUAUUAAGUCAAUUCUCUGUAAUUAUUAUUACGUGAUUAAACCAAUCAUGUACAUUUAAUUAACUAGGAAGUCGGGGCACCACGGAAAGACUUCAGAUUACAAAGUUAUACUUUUCCGAAUGUAACUCUUCUGAUAUUUUAUUAUCUGUUCAAUUGGUCUUUUAUAUUAAUGAAUUAUUCUUUACCUCACAUCAGUCUCAUUCCAAACGUCGUAAAUUGUUGGUUAUCUGCACGAACCCAGCCUUUUUUUUAAAUAAAUCAUCCAUACACCAGUUGGCUUAAUCAUUUAUUUACUAACUAAAUAAUCACAGAAAUGCGCAAACAAACAGUAGAUACUGGUUACUAACGAAUGAUAGGGAAGAUUCCCUACUGGGCUAAGCCGAUAUGACGGCUUGGUGGACAAAGGGAAGUGGGUGUGGACUGAGAAACAAACAGUAGAUACUGGUUACUAACGAAUGAUAGGGAACAUUCCCUACUGGGCUAAGGGUUCAUUACACACAGUUGAUAAGUACAGUUGAAGUCGGAAAUGUACAUACAUUGGGGCAAAAACGUAUUUAGUCAGCCACCAAUUGUGCAAGUUCUCCCACUUAAAAAGAUGAGAGAGGC